AUGAUCUACAGUGGCAAAGUUGAUCCGACAGCCCCAGCAGAUGAACCUGAGCAGGUCGGUAUAUCGGAAUUUAUGGAGGAGCAACUCGAGAGAGCUAAGGCCGGCCAAAGUAAAACAUCCCAAACUGGUACUGAGACCGACUCUUCAACGGCGGGUGGGAAAAAGAAAAAGAAAAAGAAGAAGAAGAAAAAGACGAAAUGGAAGAGAAAGAGGGAUAGAUUUGAGUCACAGAAUUUUUUGUUGCGUAUCGAAGGCACAUUAUGUUGUGCAUCUAUAGUGAUCGCAUUUAUAUGGGCUUGUUCAAUAUUCAUCGCCUUGCUCAUUUUUCUGAUAUGGGCCGACUUCAAUAUCACGGCGACAACACAAUCAGUGAAACAGUCAUCAUCAUCAUGA